UUAUAUUUCGCGAGAUGAUACGUGAAGCGAAAUUCGAUUGUCCUGCUACACUUGUGCAACAUUCGAAAGUUGUACCGAACAGGAGGGGAGAGGAAAAUUACGUGACGAGGAGAAAGAAGAAAAAGAAGAAGAAGAAGGCAAACAAAGGAAAGUGCACGGGCAGGGCUUCGACGAAGGAAUUGUCACGCACAAUGGCAGCAACGGUGGACGCACAAUUUCGCGCAUUUUCCAGGUUUCCCCGAGAAAUCUGUCCUGUGUCCGCGGAUACCUUACAACAUUCGAAAACUUUGCCACCUAUCGAAGUCAGGUCGUAAUAACGUAGGAAGAAAACUUUGGGAAACUUGGAUGGUUUUUCUCAUAACGUCGCUUGCAAAGGAAUAUCACCCAAAAAGGAAGCAACGUUGCGGACGGAGCAUACUCCAACAACCUCUUUUCGAAAUUGGAAAUCGAAUCAAGUUCAACUUCUUACUCGACUCGGUUACAACUUUCAUUACUUCAACAAGGACAAUUGCCCUGCAGCAGAUCGCCUCAAACUCUUCUCCUCGACAACCUUUACGAUCCUCAACCUUGCGGAGGAGGCCGAUCCCUCCACUCGAAGGCCGAUUCUGGUGAACGCGCGCCUUUCCUUCCUUCCUUCGUUCCCACCACGGUCGAAAGGGGACGGCCGAGCGGUUGGCAAAAGUUGGACGUGGAUACGUUCUGCUCCGAGUGAUCCGUGAAUACUAACGGCCGUGUGCCGUCGAGGACCGCCAGUUUCCGCGUGGACUUCGCCGCAACGGGUAGAGAUCGCCUCGCGCGAUCCUCCUCACCGAUCCUUUGUGUAAGCGCGCGCGCGCUUGCGCGUGUGUGCGUGCGUGUGCGUGUGCGUGUGCACGCCUCGAGGGAAAAAUGAGGUCAACCGGUGUCAAGUUCGUCCUCCUGCUGGCUCUCGUGUUAUCCACGGCGAGGAACGCAACGGCAUCCUCCGAUUCAAACUCGACGAGGAUCGCAACGGGCGAGGAAGAUGACGAAUCGUUGUCGAAUAUCACGCUGGAGAAGUUCAAGGAAGAGUUCAAAGAAAGGUACAGAAGACUGAUACCCUACAUGACAUUCUACGUGGCCCACAACUUCGUGAACGGUCAACCGCCGAUUUCACAAGGGACAUCCGCGAAAGACGCGCAACAAGUUAUCCCCCUGGUGAGAAAAAAUCAACAGGCUAAUCCGCAAUUCGCCAGGACGUACACGGGGCCACGAAGGGAGAAUAAUUAUCGCGCGAACGCUCGUAGCCAAGAGAAGUUCGUGCCAUCGGUUCAAUACGAUCCGAGAAACGUGGGGGCCGACAACGACUACUUCACGCCAGUGAGAUACAGCUCGGAGAAGAUCAAUUACGAAUACGACUCGACGCCGUAUCAGGAUCAAAAAGUAGCGGUGUAUCCUGGAAUACCGACGGUGACCAACGGCCAGAAUUCCCGCAAGGAGAACAGAUACUAUGGAAACGGGAGACCGUUGCGACCUUACACGACAAACGGCAAUAGGGAACACCUUCCCAGGAAGCAACCGACCAAACCUGUCCACGGUGGCAAUCUUCGGGAUGACUACGUUCUGGAUUAUAACGUCAGGCCGGGUAGCAACGCCCCUAUUAAUUAUCCAAUCAAGGAUUUCCAAGAUCAUCGGCAAGUUCCUGUCUAUCCAAACACGUUGGAACUGAUACCUGGGUUGAGGCAACCGUCGUUGCUUCCUCAAUUACCACGAAAUCCUAACGUGAAUCUCGAGCAGAUACUGGAGAGCUUCCAACUGAGCGAACGUUUGCCAGAAAUGUUGAACAACGACAAUAUAGAUAAUAGCCUGAGGACGUUGGUCGAGAUACUGAAUAUUCUGCACAGCACGAAGAAAGAAGAAUUCCCCCAGAUUCAGGCGCCCCCUCUGACGCCAGCAGUAGCGGCAAGGGUGCCGCAGAAGGCGGCCAAUUUUAAAGCACGGCCGCACACGAGGCCGAAAGUGAUUACGGAGUCGAGAUUUCAGGCUACUCCCAAUCCGAUAUACCUGACCGACGACCCUGAACGAUACAAGGGAACCUCGUACGAGGAGGAAGGGAGACCGAAAGGAUCGCCUCAACCGGGUUACAACGCGAACAGUUUGACGAACAACGUGGUCGAAUAUUAUAUCCCCGUGGUGCAAGAGAUACCGACGAGGUACAAAGAGACAUUCCUACCUACGAUCAGACCCACGCAGCCUGACGAGAUUCCUGUUGAUCACUCUUACGCGAUCACGGAAGAUAUAAGAGAGGAUAUAUUGCAGAAAGAACAAUUUCCCUUUCUUACCACAGAGAGCCCGACGCUUUACACUUAUCACGCGCAACCCGACGACGUUUCGAAGCAAAUUGUUCCGCAGACGGGAUUGAAGUAUGGGGCUACACGAGGAAAGGCUAAUGUCGAUUAUCCAGCCUAUUCCAGUAUACCGCGUACGAAUUUCAGUUGCAAGGAACAACGGUAUAAAGGAUUCUUUGGCGAUCCAGAGACCGGAUGCCAGGUGUGGCAUUAUUGUGAUCUUAACGGUGGUAAAUCGUCGUUUUUAUGCCCGAAUGGUACGAUAUUCAGUCAAGUGGCAUUGACGUGUGACUGGUGGUUCAACGUUAAAUGCGAAACUACGACUCAAUUGUACGUGUUAAAUGAACGACUUUACAAGUAUAUACUGCCGAUAAUGCCAAAAUUUCCAGAGGAUUUCACCGGUCCAGAGGUAGAUCGGUAUUUGGAAAUCAAGUUUAAGGAAAUGGAAGCGAAAUUGAAAGAAAAAAAGCUGAAGAAGCAGCAGGAAGAGAAAGAAAAAGAGAAAGAGAAAGAAAAAGAAAAGCUCAAGGAUAAGCAACAAAUACAAGAGAAAAAAAAUAAUUGAUAUAUCUAAUUUAUAAUAAUUACUUUAGUUUGUUAAAUUAUUGUAAUUUUGCUGGUUCAAAUCUAGCAUGCAUUUACCGUAUCUUUGUUGCCAUUAUUUGUUAUAAAUAGCAACGAAUGAUUAUAGGUUGUGUCACUUAAAUAUCUUCGGAUGUGAAGAAAUUUUGUGAAACUUAAAAAUGUGCAAUAUUUUUGUUAUAGAUUUAUGUGUGAUUUUCUUUUUAUAUAUAUAUAUACAUACAUAUACAUUUUUUUUUAGCGUAUAAGAAAAAUUUUUUUAUAAGAUCUCUAUAUUGAAGAAAUCAAAUUAUUUUACCACGAUGAAAUAUUUAUAUCUAUAAAUGUUAUAUCUAAUUAUUCAAGCCCUUAAAUCAAUUAUAAAUGCGAACGGACACGGAUAAUCGAUAAUGUCAAUAAGUAUUUCUCUUUCCCCUCUAGUCAUAUUUGUACAGUGUAAUUAUUUAUGACAAGAUUUAAUAUAUUACUUUAUAAAAAAUUAUUACAUUUAUAUAUGCAUUUCAAAGAUUAAUGUUGGUCUUUAAUUUGUUAAAUACAUCAUAUUCAAUGAUAAACAAAUAUAUAAGAAAUUAAUUUGGAAAAUCUUCCACUUUUAAGGGAAAAAUUUCUAUAAUUAAAAUUAUAUAUUGUGACAAAUUAAUUCUUAAAGUUUAUAAGUUAUACUCGAUAUUAUACUCGCAAUAUAAAAUAAAAUUAUUUAUUUAUCAUUUAAUACGGAUAUUUUCUUAUGACACAUGCAACAUAAUUUCUAAUAAUUUUUUCGAAUAUCUAGUAACUUUUUAAUUAAAACAUAGAGAAAAUUGGUUCAAACUUACCUUUUGCGCCUGUUGAAUUCUCUUGAGGUUCUCGGACACGUCGUCAAACACUUUAUAAAACUCUUCCAGCAUUUCUUCAUUCUGAUAAACACAUAUUAAAAUAAAAACAUAUUAUUUCUUUAAAAUGCAUUGAUAAAUAAUAAUUAAAUCAUUCAUAUUAUAUUAUAUUUAUAUAAUACAAACCUUCUUAAUUAAUGGUUGAUAAAUAUGUGUUUUGUGUGAUCGUAGCAUACAAUGUGAACAACCCGAUAUAUCACAAUUUUGACAAUAAUAUCCUACUGGUUCAUUACACCGUUCUGAACACGUAUUUCUUAUAGUGAAAGAAUUUUCACUAUUGUCUUCUGUUAAUAUUAUUUUUGUAUGAUUUUGUAGUGCUUUCCCAUGAAUCUAACAAAAAAUAUAAAUCCAAAUAUUUGUUUAAGA